AUGGCAAAAGCCCAUCAACUUCUUCUCCUCCUCCUCCUCCUGGUUACUGUUUCAUCAUCAUCAGAAGAAACAAAGAACUUUUACAUUGUUUACGUGGGAGAUGGUCCUUUGAGCAAAGGCUCCGCAGUUCGUAAGCACUUGAGCCUUCUCUCCUCUGUCAAGCCUAGUGAACAUAAUGCUAAAGACUCCAUGGUUUAUAGCUACACGAAGAGCUUCAAUGCCUUUGCUGCAAAGCUAUCCAAAGAUGAAGCUCAAAAGUUAAUGGAACUGGAUGAAGUGGUUUCUGUGUUUCCAAAUCGAUAUCACAAGCUACACACAACAAAAUCAUGGGACUUCAUUGGAUUUCCUCAAACAGCUAAAAGACAUUUGAAGCUUGAGAGAGACGUAAUUGUGGGUCUGCUUGAUACAGGGAUCACUCCACAGUCAGACAGCUUCAAGGAUGAUGGAUUUGGUCCUCCACCCCAUAAAUGGAAAGGAACAUGCCACCAUUUUCGAAAUUUCUCGGGAUGCAACAACAAGGUUGUAGGGGCAAAGUACUUCAAGCUCGACGGCAACCCUGACCCAGCGGACAUUCUAUCGCCGGUAGACGUGGAUGGCCACGGCACACACACAUCAUCCACGUUAGCAGGCAACCUUGUCCCGAACGCCAGCCUUUAUGGGCUAGCCAAUGGCACAGCUCGUGGUGCGGUCCCAUCGGCUAGGAUAGCCACAUACAAAGUGUGCUGGGUCAGCUCGGGAUGUGCCGAUAUGGACAUCCUCGCCGCAAUGGAUGAUGCUAUAAGUGACGGUGUCGAUGUUAUAUCGAUAUCCAUAGGCGGAGCGACCGAGGAUUUCGCCACGGAUUCUAUAUCAGUUGGUGCAUUCCAUGCCUUGAAGAAGGGAAUUAUCACGGUAGCUUCUGGUGGUAAUGAAGGUCCGAGCUUGGGCUCUGUGUCUAACUAUUCCCCAUGGCUUCUUACCGUGGCAGCCAGCGGGAUCAAUAGACAGUUUAGAAGUGCAGUCAAGUUGGGAAAUGGGAAAAGUUUAUUGGGAAUUGGAAUUAACACGUUUGGAUCAAAGGAAACAUUUUACCCCAUUGUCAGUGGGGCUGAUGUUGCCAUCAAUGCAGAAAGCAAGGAAUUAGCAAGGUUCUGUUAUGACAACACAUUGAACCCUGCGAAGGUAAAAGGAAGGAUUGUUUACUGCUUGCUAGGCGAGUUGGGUGCUGAUUCUAUCGUUAAAGGAAUCGGAGGAGUCGGCAUUGUACUCGAAAGCGAGAAAUACCUUGAUACUGCUCUAAUUUUUAUGGCACCAGCCACCAUGGUGAACAUGACUGUUGGAGAAACUGUAGAUAAAUAUAUACAUUCCACCGGAUCACCUUCAGCAGUGAUAUACAAGUCACAUGAAGUUAAAGUUUCAGCUCCAUUUGUUGCUUCAUUUUCAUCUAGGGGUCCAAACGCAGGCUCGCAACAUGUUCUCAAGCCUGAUAUUGCAGCCCCUGGUGUGGACAUCUUGGCAGCCUACACUCUUAUGAACUCACUCACUGGGUUAAAAGGGGACAACCAGCAUUCAAAGUUCACUCUCAUGUCCGGUACAUCCAUGGCCGCCCCGCAUGUUGCCGGUGUAGCUGCCUAUGUGAAAUCAUUUCACCCUACAUGGACACCGGCCGCAAUCAAAUCUGCAAUCAUGACCACAGCAAAACCGAUGAGCCCGAGGGUGAACAAGGAUGCCGAAUUCGCCUAUGGUGCUGGCCAAUUAAAUCCUACCAGAGCCAUAAACCCUGGACUCAUCUACGACAUGGACGAGAUGACUUACAUACAGUUCCUAUGUCAUGAAGGCUACAGUGGACCAUCUAUAGCUCAUUUAAUAGGCAAAAAGUCCGUAAACUGUUCAUCGAUGCUUCCGGGGUUCGGAUACGAUGCCCUUAACUACCCAUCGAUGCAGCUUAACAUGAUCAAGGGCAAACGGAAAACUGUAGGUGUUUUCACGAGAAGGGUAACCAAUGUAGGUCCUCCAUCUGUGUAUAAUUCCACCAUUAAAGCCCCCAAAGGAGUGGUAAUCACGGUUAACCCCAAAAGCCUCAUCUUCACUCGUAGCUUGCAGAAACGUAGUUUUAAGGUGGUGGUGACGGCAAAACCGGCGGCGAGCGCAGCAUUCACGGUGCUAUCAGCUUCGCUUGUUUGGAAAAGCACUGGCCACGCUGUGAGAAGUCCUAUUGUUAUUUACAGUCUCCAAGACUAAUAUCAGUAAUCGUCUAU